AUGGCUGCUCCCAAGCUCGAUUUCACCACCUUUCAGAACGUCAUCAAUGGCAAGCUCACCACCACCGAUAAGGUGCGCCAGGGCAUCAACCCCGCAACUCUCGAGCCCCUGUUCGAUGUGCCUGUCGCCACUCCCAAGGAUGUCGACGCCGCAGUAGAGGCUGCCCAGGAGGCCUUCAAGUCGUGGAAGAACACGACUUGGGCCGAGCGCAGCAAGGCUCUCCACGCCUUCGCUGACGCCUUCCUUUCCUACAAGGACGAGUUCGCCCAGCUGCUCACCAAGGAGCAGGGCAAGCCUAUCCCCAUGGCCCUGAACGAGGUCGAGACCGCCGGCCUGUUCCUGCACACCUUCGCCGACAUGGAGCUCAAGGAGGACAGCGUGAGCGAGGAUGACGAGAAGAGGACAAUCGUCCGCUACACUCCCCUGGGUGUUGUUGUCGGCAUUGUGCCGUGGAACUUCCCCAUUGUCCUGGCCUGCGGCAAGAUCGGCCCCUCGCUGAUGACGGGCAACCCCAUCAUCGUCAAGCCUUCGCCCUUCACCCCCUACUGCGACCUCAAGAUGGUUGAGCUGGCCACUCGCUUCUUCCCGCCUGGCGUCAUCCAGGCCCUCUCGGGCGAUGACAACCUUGGCCCGUGGCUGACGGCCCACCCGGGCCCGGCCAAGAUCUCCUUCACCGGCUCGACGGCGACGGGUAAGAAGGUCAUGGAGUCGGCGUCCAAGACGCUGAAGCGCGUGACGCUUGAGCUGGGUGGCAAGGACCCGGCCAUCGUGUGCUCGGACGUCGACAUCGCGGCGACGGCCCCCAAGGUUGCCACCCUGGCCUUCCUCAACUCGGGUCAGAUCUGCCUGGCCAUCAAGCGUAUCUACGUUCACGAGAAGAUCUACGACGAGUUCCUCAAGGCGUGCGUCGAGCACACCAAGACGCUCGUGCUCGGCAACGGCACCGAGCCCAACACCUUCCUCGGCCCCGUGCAGAACGCCAUGCAGUACGAGCGCGUCAAGGGCUUCUUCCAGGACGUGCACGAGCACAAGAUGAAGGUGGCCGUCGGCGGCGUCAACGACAAGACGGGCGGCUACUACAUCACCCCGACCAUCAUCGACAACCCGGCCGAGACGAGCAAGAUCGUGACCGAGGAGCCCUUCGGCCCCAUCGUGCCGCUGCUCAAGUGGAGCGACGAGAGCGAGGUCGUCCACCGCGCCAACGACACCAAGAUGGGUCUCGGCGCCUCCGUGUGGAGCAACGACCUCGCCCAGGCCGAGCGCAUCGCCCGCCAGCUCGACGCCGGCAGCGUCUGGAUCAACACUCACCUCGAGCUCGACCCCAACGCUCCCUUCGGCGGCCACAAGGAGAGCGGUGUUGGCUACGAGUGGGGUCUUGGUGGCAUGAAGGCCUACUGCAACGUCCAGACCCUGUUCUUGAAGAAGAAGGUCUAA